UCAAGCCAAAGAACAAACCAAAGCUACAAAGCUCAAUUUUCUAGUCGAGUGAAAGUGAUAAACGGCAAACUGGAGGAUUUACAAACAUUGGACGGGAUAGAGGGCCAGGCUGGGCUCAGCAAUGACACGGCGCGGGAUAACUGCUUGGCUAGAGACGUCAACCUGACGGACUAUUGCCCGGCGUAUUAUGACGGCCUGCUAUGUUGGAACCCGACACCUCCUGACACCGUCGCUGUACAGAAAUGCUUCAGCUUCUUUCAAGGAGUACAUUACGAUGAUACACAAAACGCCUCAAGGAUUUGCCAGGCAAAUGGCAUAUGGUACAACCACUCAGAUUACGACAACUGUACAGAAAGGAUCGCCAAUAUAUCACCGACAGACGUCACCAGCCUCAUAUAUUUGGCGGGUUACUCUCUCAGUUUGGCCGUCCUUUCGCUUGCCGUUUUCGUUUUUUUAUAUUUUAAGGACUUAAGAUGUCUAAGGAACACAAUACAUACAAAUCUAAUGUCCACAUAUAUUUUAUCAGCAUGUAGUUGGAUCUUAAAUUUAGCGUUGCAGAAUUGGUCAGACGAGGCCCAGCAAGAUCAAACGUCAUGUAUGAUCUUAGUUAUCUGUAUGCACUACUUUUACCUAACAAACUUCUUUUGGAUGCUUGUAGAAGGUUUAUACUUAUAUAUGUUAGUGGUUGAAACGUUCACUGCUGAAAAUAUUAAACUAAAAGUAUAUACCACUAUUGGUUGGGGUGCCCCAGCUGUUUUUAUUACAAUAUGGAUGAUAUCGAGAUGUUUCGUAAACAUUGUGACAUCUACUGGACCUGAUGGAUUGGCGCUUUCUGGUGAAACGAAGAUGUGUAUAUGGAUGCAUGAGCACCAAGUGGAUUGGAUCCAUAAGGCCCCAGCACUAGCUGGACUAGCCCUCAAUCUGUUUUUCCUCGUCAGGAUUAUGUGGGUUCUAAUAACAAAGCUCCGUUCAGCAAAUACGCUAGAAACAGAGCAAUACAGGAAGGCAACGAAGGCGCUUCUCGUCCUGAUCCCACUGCUGGGCAUCACGAACUUAUUAGUAUUGUGUGGACCCAACGAUGAGUCGUGGUUCGCUCACGCCUUCGAUUACACUCGGGCGCUCAUGUUAUCUACACAGGGUUUCACAGUAGCCCUCUUCUACUGCUUCAUGAAUACAGAAGUUCGUCAUGCGAUCGGCUAUCACGUCGAGCGAUGGAAGACGGGCAGAACUAUUGGUGGAGGGCGAAGAAGAGGUACCUCCUACUCCAAGGACUGGUCUCCGAGAUCCAGAACCGAAAGUAUACGGCUCACAGUAUGAAGAAGCCUGAAGAGUCAGUUCUGGAUAAGAUUCAACGAAUUUGCUUACUGGAAUGGACUUAUUGCAUUUACGAAGAAAUUAAAGAAACGGAUGUAAUGUGGAUUUGGAUAUGUUUUAUUUUUUGUUACUUUAAUAAAUCAAUGUGUAAUUCGCUUUAA